CCACCAUAAGAGAAGACAUCGGAAUGCCGGAAUUGCAACCGGAACGACGAGGGGAAGUUGCAUCAUCGCUCAUAUCACGUCUUUCUUCCUUUACUCUUCUAUUUUGAACUUGGUUUCCAUCAUACCAAUUCUACACUUGGAAGCACCCACACAACCAUCAUCAUGGCACCCGAUCUCUCCCAAAACAAAGCCGUGAAGCUCGUCGCCCACGCGGCCGCAAACAAAUACGCCAUCUGCGCAACAUGCUGCUACAACGUUGAAGGCAUCCUCGCAUCCGUCCGCGCAGCAGAAGCAAAGCGCGCACCGCUAAUCAUCCAACUCUUCCCCUGGGCCAUCAAUUACGCCGACGGCAUCCUCCUCCACGCCGCCCGAGAAGCCGCCGACAACGCCAGUGUCCCCGUCGCUCUGCACAUGGACCACGCUCAAACCCCAGAAAUCGUUAAGAAAGCAGCGAACUUUAAGAAUGGCUUCGAUGGCAUCAUGGUUGAUAUGAGUCACUUUGAUGAUAAUCUAGAAAAGACGGCGGAAUUGGUUAAGUACUGCAACGAGCGCGGGAUUAUCACAGAAGCGGAACCGGGACGGAUUGAUGGUGGUGAAGAUGGUGUGGGCGAUCUGAGUGAAAUGGGUCUAGAAGCCAUCCUCACCACACCCGAGCAAGCUGAAGAAUUCGUCGCAACAGGCAUCAACUGGCUAGCCCCCGCCUUCGGAAACGUACAUGGAAAAUACGGUCCUAAGGGGCCUCAACUCGAUUACCCCCGUCUACGCAAUGUACACAGCAAAGUCGGGGAUCGUGUUGCGCUUGUGCUGCACGGUGCGGGUAAAGAGUGGUUCCAGGAGAAGCUGCUCAAAGAGUGUAUUGAGUGUGGUGUUGCGAAAGUCAAUAUCAAUGAUGCGUUUAACAACGAUUUCAUCGAUGUCAUGAAGGAGCAGGCGGGUCUAACGCCGAUCACGGGGCUGAUCGAGAAGGCGACAGAUGCGAUGCAGAAGAGUAUUGAGAGUUAUAUUGAGUGGAUGGGUGGGAAGGGGAUGGCGGAUAAGAUUAAGCUGUAGGUGGACUUGUGGGUGUAGUGUAGAUAAAGAGGUGUCUAUGUGUUGUUUGCGGAUGUAUCAGUGGUAGAGAUGUGGUGUUAUUUAGAGCGCGCACGGUAGCGCGUAUUUCGCAACGACAUCUCCAUACUAAUUUGCGUGUAAUGGAACUACAUUGCGACAGAACGACUGUACGGUCGAAUUUCCAUCCGAAUUUCGCGACGAUC